AUGAAUCAGCCAUGGAUUUACAUGUAUUCCCCAUGCCGACCCCAUCUCCCCUUUUCUGAUCUUUUUAUAGGUUUCUGGUCUUGUUUCAUAAAUCCAGUAUCCUCCCCUGGUGUAUUAAAGAGUUUUUUACUUACCUCAGGUUGCCAUAACAAAAUAUCAUACACUGAGUGGCUUCAACAGCAGAAAUUUAUUUCUCACAGCCCCAGAGACUUGAAAGUUGAAGAUCAGGAUGCUGGCAAAGUAGGUUUCAUUGUGAGGCUUUUUGCCCUGUACGUGGCCAUCAUUUUGCUGUGUGCUCCCUGA